AUGUCUCAUGAUGCAAUACGAGCAACCAAUGAAGAAAGCCGAGACCAAGAAAUUUUUUCUCCAAAACUCGAUGGAAAAAAACUUUCUUGGCAAAAGUUGCGUCGAAACGACUCUUUGGAAAUGGAAUCCGGCAAGUUUUCUGGUCGUCGAGUCCACGGCUCCAAGGGUGUAAGCUGGACAGUGAUCUUGCAACUAGCAUUCCAAAGUAUAGGAAUAGUGUAUGGAGAUAUUGGUACAUCACCUCUAUACGUAUACGCCAGCACCUUCACCAAGGGCAUCAAGCACAACGAUGACAUCCUGGGUGUACUCUCUUUGAUUUUCUAUACACUCACCUUGAUCCCUCUUAUCAAGUACGUGUUAAUCGUCUUACAGGCCAAUGAUAACGGCGACGGAGGGACUUUUGCCUUGUACUCACUCAUAUGCCGAUAUGCCAAGGUGGGUCUGCUCCCGAGUCAACAAGUUGAAGACUGCGAUGUAUCCAAUUUCCAGCUGGAGUUGCCGAGCAAGCGCUUACGUAGGGCAUCGAGGCUCAAAUCUAAGCUAGAAAACAGCAAAUUCGCUAAGCUAUUCCUCUUGUUUUCGACAAUGCUUGGUACUUCCAUGGUCAUUGGGGAUGGUGUGCUUACUCCUUGCAUCUCAGUUUUAUCGGCGGUUGGUGGAAUCAAGGAAGCUACAUCAGUAAUGACCCAAGAUCGGGUCGUUUGGAUAUCUGUAGCGAUCUUGGUCUGCCUAUUCAUGGUUCAGAGAUUUGGAACAGAUAAAGUGGGCUACAGUUUUGCACCAAUAAUUUGUGUUUGGUUCUCGUUCAUUGGUGGCAUUGGCGUAUACAAUUUCUUCAAAUAUGAUCCAGCAGUUGUCAAAGCUUUAAAUCCUUUUUACAUAGUAGAUUAUUUCAGGAGGAACAAAAAAGAUGCAUGGAUUUCCCUUGGUGGCGUUGUCCUUGCCAUAACAGGAACUGAAGCACUAUUCGCUGAUGUCGGUCAUUUCACAGUUCGUUCCAUUCAAAUAAGCAUGUGCACUGUGACGUACCCUGCUCUCAUAUUGGCAUAUGCUGGACAAGCCGCCUUUCUUAGAAAACACAACGAUCUUGUCUCAGAUACCUUCUUCAAGUCUGUUCCAGACUCAUUGUACUGGCCAAUGUUUGUGGUGGCCGUAUUGGCAUCAAUCAUCGCUAGUCAAGCCAUGAUUUCUGGGACAUUCUCCAUAAUCCAACAAUCAUUAGCACUUGGAUGUUUUCCUCGUGUGAAAAUUGUGCACACAUCGGCUAAGUAUGAAGGGCAAGUCUACAUCCCUGAAGUCAAUUACCUUCUUAUGGUGGCAUGUGUCUGUGUCACGCUUGGUUUUAGGACCACUGCAAAGAUUGGCAAUGCAUAUGGGAUUGCGGUGGUGUUUGUAAUGACUCUCACAUCAUCCUUCCUAGUACUCAUCAUGCUAAUGAUAUGGAAAACCAACAUACUUUAUGUAAUUGUCUUUGUGCUUACAAUUGGAUCUGCGGAGCUUCUUUACUUAAGUUCUGUCCUCUACAAAUUUGAUCAAGGAGGAUAUCUACCGUUAGCAUUUGCCGGAGUUCUAAUGACCAUAAUGUACAUCUGGAACAGUGUGUAUCGAAGAAAGUACUAUUAUGAGCUUGAUCACAAGAUUUCUCCAGACAAGCUAAAAGAGGUUGCAGCGGAGACCAACUUUAGCAGGCUUCCUGGACUUGCCAUCUUCUACUCCGAGCUUGUUCAGGGCAUCCCACCCAUCUUCAAGCACUACGUGGAAAAUGUGCCUGCACUACACUCGGUCCUUGUUUUCGCUUCCAUCAAGUCUCUGCCAAUUAGCAAGGUUCCAGCCGAAGAACGUUUCCUUUUCCGUAGAGUUGAACCAAAGGAGCUCAACGUGUUUCGUUGUGUGGCCAGAUAUGGAUACACGGAUGCGCGCAAUGAACAUGAGCCUUUUGAGAUAAUGUUGGUCGAGAAAUUGAAGGAUUUCAUCAGAAACGAUUACUGGUUAUCCAGUGUACUUAUCGCCAAUGGGGAGGAGACUGAGACGGAAGGAGAAUUAAAUGAUGGACAAGUUGAUGAAGAUAUGAACAUGAAGCAAGCUGCUAAAAAAGAGAAGCAACAAGAGGUGGUAGAGACAGAGAUUGAGAUCAUCGACAAAGCAUGCCGUGCUGGUGUUGUUCACUUGAUUGGCGAGAAUGAAGUGAUUGCAAGCAAAGGAGCGAGUUUGGGGAAUAGGAUUUUAAUCGAUUAUGCUUUCAAUUUUUUGAAGAAAAAUUUGAGACAAAGUGAGAAGAUGUUUGAUAUUCCUCACAAGCGCAUGCUUAAAGUUGGUAUGACUUAUGAGCUGUAA